CCUCCUCCCUCCGGUCAAGCCGUGGGCCAGGGAGGCGAGGAGGACCCUCCUCCAGGGGCUCAGUUGCAGCAGCAGGAGGCUUUUAGAAGAAGAGGCUCCUCUUCAGCCUCAGAGAAGCCUCGCCGGACUCUGAGGGGAAAGCAUGAGAGCAGCAGCCCUUCUGUCUUCUUUGCUGGCCCUCCUGGGGCUCCUCUUGGCCACAGCAGCCCAGGCCCCCGGACCCCGGCAGCAGCAGCAGCAGCAGCAGCCAAGAGCCAGGUCCUUUAAAUGUGGUGGAAUUCUUACUGGAGCAUCAGGUUUUAUUGGGAGUGAAGGAUUUCCAGGUGUCUACCCACCAAACAGCAAAUGUACUUGGAAGAUCACAGUUCCUGAAGGAAAAGUGGUUGUCCUUUCCUUUAGAUUUAUAGACUUAGAAAGUGAUAACCUGUGCCGAUAUGAUUUUGUGGAUGUUUACAGUGGUCAUACAAACGGCCAACGACUUGGAAGGUUCUGUGGCACACUGAAACCUGGUGCUCUUGUGGCCAACAGCAAUAAAAUGUUAGUACAGAUGAUUUCAGAUGCCAAUACAGCUGGAAAUGGCUUCGUGGCAAAGUUUUCUGCAGCAGAACCACAUGAAAGAGGAGACCAGUACUGUGGUGGACGACUAGAUAAGCCUUCUGGAUCCUUUAAAACACCUAAUUGGCCUGAUCGAGAUUACCCAGCAGGAGUAACUUGUUCAUGGCACAUUGUGGCUCCAAAGAAUCAGCUGAUAGAGUUGAAGUUUGAAAAAUUUGAUGUGGAGAGAGAUAACUACUGCAGAUAUGACUAUGUGGCCAUAUUUAACGGUGGUGAGAUUAAUGAUGCUAAGAGAAUUGGAAAAUACUGUGGAGACAGUCCACCAGCGCCUGUUACAUCUGAGAGGAACGAACUGCUUGUUCAGUUUUUAUCUGAUUUAAGUUUAACUGCUGAUGGCUUUAUUGGACACUACAAAUUCAGACCCAAAAAAUUACCCACAACCACAGCACCAACCACCACCACCUUGUCCCCUACCACCACAACUUUGAAGCCUACAGUUGCCCUCUGCCAACAGAAAUGCAAGAGGAGUGGAACUCUUGAGAGCAAUUACUGUUCAAGUAACUUCGUAAUAACUGGAUCUGUUAUCACAACCAACACCAGAGGUGGAAGCUUGCAUGCCACAGUAUCAAUUAUUAAUGUAUACAAAGAAGGAAAUUUAGCAAUCCAGCAAGCUGGGAAAAAUAUGAGUGCCAAAAUUAUUGUCGUCUGUAAGCAAUGUCCUCUUAUCCGAAGAGGUUUAAAUUACGUCAUCAUGGGUCAAGUAGAAGAAGAUGGAAAAGGUAAAAUUCUGCCCAGCAGCUUUACUAUGAGUUUCAAGACUAAGAACCAAAAAAUCUUGAAUAUCUUAAAAAAUAAACAAUGCUGAAAUGUGAAUUUUCCAGCUGUGCCUGGUGAUAUGCCUUCCAAAAUCUUUUUAUAUGAACAAAAUUGAGGAAAUACUUUUCCAAGGUGAUGUAUUCUGUGGAGUUUUCCAGUACACAAUUCCCACUGACUGGUAUGUCAAAUGUCAAAAAAGAAAUGCUGUGAAGGUCAAUUUUAUAUUUCAAAAUGUUCGGUUAUACCAGCAAACCUGAAAGAUAUCAGAUAUCCAUUACAUUAAGCUCUUAAUUUAUACUUAACUCAGAAGGAUUUUUUUCUUUAAAAACUGUCUCAUGUGGUGAUACAAGUUCAAUAUUUAUAUUCAUUUUUAACUAGCUUUCCUGAUUCAUUACAUUAUCUCUACAUUUAAUGAAAACUCUUUUAAAUGCAUGCUGUAGCUAGAUAUGCAGCAAGAAUUAAGAGUCAUUAAAAUAAAAGUAACCCAAGUGUUCUCUGCAUACCAUUUUAAAUCUUACAACAAUCAAUUAUUAUUUUUAUCCAUUUGGAACCAUUUCAUAUUAGUUGCGUUGAGUAACUCCUCUCCUCCCUCUUUGGAUCUAAGGGUUACUCAAGAACACAAACAUACAUGCAGUACAUCUUUGUGACAUAUAACUACUUUUUAAAAGGGUAGUCACAGCAUAGGUCCAUUGAGGAAAGAAUAUAAAUAAAAUAUUAUCAUCAUACUGAGGAAGAGGAACCAAAGCCAUCUCAGCCGACCAAACAACAGCAGAUGACUAAUUGUUUACUUUUCAUAGUUUUUCAGUUUUAAUCACUCUCGAGACAAACGGAACUAAAAUAAUUUAAAAUGUAUAUAUACAGGCCAGCUAAUAAGUCUUCAUUUACAUU